AGCGUUUGGACGGGGCCUGCUGAUUAUAAUUGAAGCACCAGCAAUAACAGGGGACUGAAGGUAAAAGCAAAGAUUGUUAUAACGUAAAAGGGAGAACAAUAAUGCCGGAAAAAAAUACAUAUGAACUGUAAUUCCAAAUCAUAACGAUUUGUAAUUCUUUAAAAGUUGACGAGUAAAAACUAACGUAUAAUUCGCGAGUUUACACGACCACCGUUUUACUAACGUUAUUUUGCUAGCUAACGUUAUGCUAAGUUAGCUAACUAACCUGCAAUAACACGCCGCCGUUGUGGAAAGAAAAAUAAGCUCAGCUGGCAUUCGUUGGUUAUUUUUUGGAGGAUGUGAGACAGAGAUCAAUACACCACCUUGGAGAAUCUGCAGAGGAUUUGCUACUUCGUGAGAGCAUUAUCCAGUUUGCUAUUAUUUCGGGGAGAGGGUCUCUUUGGCUAAAGUAUCUAAAGAAGUCAAGGUAUUGAGUGACGUUUUUGUCAGAGACACAUCUGACGCCCUUCGCCAACAGUCACAGCCCCCCCCCCCCUAUUCCCCCUGUGACCCCACCCUGACACCCAGCAACCCUCCGUCCUCUGCCCCAGCAUGAACGACAUCAGUGUGGUCAGAGAGGGCUGGCUCCAUAAGAGGGGAGAGUACAUUAAGACGUGGAGGCCGCGGUACUUCAUCUUGAAGAGCGAUGGCUCCUUCAUCGGCUACAAGGAGAAGCCAGAGAUGUCGUCUGACCACAGCCUCCCACCCCUCAACAACUUCUCUGUGGCAGAGUGCCAACUGAUGAAGACAGAACGGCCCAGGCCCAACACGUUUGUCAUCCGCUGCCUACAGUGGACCACAGUCAUAGAGCGCACCUUCCACGUGGAGAGUAACGAGGAAAGGGAGGAAUGGAUGAGGGCGAUCCAAGCGGUGGCCAACGGCCUGAAGAUGCGAGAGGAAGAGGCGCCCAUGGAUGUCACGUUUGGCUCCCCCAGCGACUGCAGCAGCAUGGAGGAGAUGGAUGUGGCCAUGUCCAAGUCCCGCAACAAAGUGUACCUCAUCACAGCGGGUUUACCAUCUCCCUAUGUGACCUGGGCCAUAGUGUGUGUUGGUGCGUUUUCUGCUCCAUUCUCUGCCCGUUCUUCACCUAAAACCGUUGUGCAGACCAUGAGUGACUUUGACUACCUGAAGCUGCUAGGGAAGGGAACGUUUGGUAAGGUGAUCCUGGUGAAGGAGAAGGCAACAGGAAUGUACUACGCCAUGAAGAUCCUAAGGAAAGAAGUCAUCAUCGCUAAGGAUGAGGUAGCACACACGGUAACAGAAAGCAGAGUCCUUCAGAAUACAAGGCAUCCCUUCUUAACGACACUGAAAUACGCGUUCCAAACACAUGACCGGCUAUGCUUUGUGAUGGAAUAUGCAAACGGAGGAGAGCUGUUCUUUCACUUGUCACGGGACCGCGUGUUCACAGAAGACCGGGCACGGUUCUACGGUGCGGAGAUUGUGUCUGCGCUGGAGUACCUCCACUCACAGGACGUUGUCUACAGAGACCUGAAGCUGGAGAACUUAAUGCUGGAUAAAGAUGGACACAUAAAGAUCACAGAUUUUGGACUGUGUAAAGAGGGAAUCACAGAUGGGGCUACCAUGAAGACCUUUUGUGGGACUCCAGAAUACCUUGCACCUGAGGUCUUGGAGGACAAUGACUACGGCCGAGCGGUGGACUGGUGGGGUCUGGGUGUGGUCAUGUAUGAGAUGAUGUGCGGUCGACUGCCCUUUUACAACCAGGACCACGAGCGGUUGUUUGAGCUCAUUCUCAUGGAGGAGAUCCGCUUCCCCAAGAACCUGGCCCCCGAAGCCAAGGCCCUGCUUGCUGGCCUGCUCAAAAAGGACCCCAAGCAGAGGCUUGGAGGUGGACAAGAAGAUGCCAAAGACGUGAUGAGUCAUAUGUUCUUCACCACCAUCAACUGGCAGGAUGUGGUAGAGAGGAAGCUCUUGCCUCCCUUCAAGCCCCAGGUGACAUCGGAGACGGACACGCGCUACUUUGACGAUGAGUUUACGGCACAGACCAUCACCGUAACGCCCCCGGACAAGUACCACAGCUUAGACGCAGAAGACCAGGACCAGCGCACACACUUCCCUCAGUUCUCUUACUCCGCCAGCAUACGGGACUGACCUCUCUCGCACACACUUCCCUCAGUUCUCUUACUCCACCAGCAUAUGGGACUGACCUCACACACACACACUUCCCUCAGUUCUCUGACUCCGCCAGCAUUUUGGACUGACCUCUCUCGCACACACUUCCCUCAGUUCUCUUACUCCGCCACCAGCAUACGGGACUGGCCUCACACACUCACAUGAUCAGGCAAGCUACCACAUGUUCACACACUAGCACUGCUGGGGAAAUGGGUGCGUGCGUGCACACAAACUGACACACUCAAACAAACACUUGCACAAGACACACACACCAGGAAGUGGUGAAAACAUGGAUCCUAGAGCAUGACGUGAUGACUGACCUCAGCAGGCCUGUGUGGAUAGACUGGCGGCCCUGUCUCUCAUUCUGACGGGACCAGGUGGAACAGGACAGGGCUGCCCUUGGCCAUGCCUGCAGGACCCCACCUGUCUGCCCUCCACACUACUACUACACUGGGCACAUCAAAACACAGACAAAACUUUACCAUCCCUGGGUUAUGCCAGCAAAUACCACUCCACCACCAGCCAAACGCAUGCUGCACCUAUCCAACACACACAAACACUCUGACAAGCAACACAUCAAUCCUUCCAUACACUGCAGAUGAUUUUAUUUUUAUUUUUUACUACUGGAUUAAAAAAAAUAAUAAUAAUAAUCCAAACAAAUGUAGAAACACAUGAAAGAAGAAGAAAAAUAUUUUUGGGGGAGGGUGAAAAAUAUUUAAACUCGUUUUUAUUUUGAUUGUUACGGUUAGAAAAGCCAUAUUUCUGCAAUUUACAAGUGCUCUUGCUGUUACAAGUCAUGUGGACUGUUCCUACAGAGGGAAAGUGGGUCGGGAGUGGGGUAAGAAGAAGUGUGUACCUUGAAGAGUAGCCAUUUCCCUGCUUGCACUGUGUAUAGGAAUGGGUUUGAGUGUGUGGAAGAGAAUGUAUGAACAACCAUUUGAAUUUCAACAUCAGUUUUAUGUUUAUGCAUCUGCAUGGAUAUCUUUGGAUUCUGCAUGUCGGCUAAACAAGGAGAAGAAAGGACACUACAGCACAGUUGAUGAGACUUUUAAAGGGAAAAGAGAGGUGGUGGAGUUGUAGCUUCAGCAGCCCUGUGGAUUGACUUGUUCCCCUGGUGGUUAGAACGGUCAUGAGAAAAGAAAGAAUAGAAGAGUGACCACAGCGCCAGCCUGACCAAUCCCCUGUCCGGAGCCCAGUCCAGAUCCCCACACAGCCAUUCACGUUUUUCCAGUAGCUGUCACUCCCUCUGAGCAGAAAUAUCCUGGAGAAUAGCUGUCAAUAAUUUUUUAGAAUCAUCUGUUCACUUUUUAUUUUGAUGUAAAGAUCUGUUGUUUUUUAAAUAAUUGGAAUGUUUCCAUAUUUAAGGAUGAAAACGUUUUAAUCAUGGAUCAAUUAUUAUUUGUGAUGAGGCCAAGCUAGACUCAUUACGAGGUUGAUAUUGAAGGUUGUGGUUUGUAUUUUUAAAGUAAUAUAAGACACAGACUAAGUCAUUUGUCAGUAUGCCGGAGUAGAACCAUGUAAAAAGGGUUGGGGUCAAUUUAGGAAGUCAACAGCGUUAGUCAUGGAUUGAAAUGGAAUUGACUCCAAUUCUGGUGUGAUGCUGUAUAUAAUGACGAGAUGGUCUUGUCUCUGCUCAAACAAAGGGAGUCGUCCCAAAGGCGGGAGGGUAGUCAAUCUGCUUAUCGCUGUAUUCUCUCCUAGACAGAUUGACGGGAGCGGAACCCUCACAUGAUGCUUCAGUCUUGAAUGCGUGCCUACUCCCCGUAAGGCAUAUAGAGAAGUGGUCACAGGUGAAACAACCAUUGUGAGCCACAACUAAGUGCUGUGACAUUUCAUUUUUGCCUUAAAAAAAAAAAAGAUUCCUUCACUCAUGGAACAUUUCAUUUAUCUUUGUUCUUGAUAUAAGUUGUUCCCUUUUGGUCCAACUAUUCCAAAACUUUGGAAGACAUUGUCUCAAUUAUGUAUUAUAUUAAGUGUGUGUGUGUAAAAUAACAAGUUUAAACAUGUUGAUAUUUCUUUAGGUUGUUCAUUUCGAUCAUUCGUGUGUGUGUGUGUGUGUACUCAUGCACAGCAGCAGGUUGAUGUGGGGCAUUGUAGAACAGCUCUCGAGUCUGUGCUCUGUACCUGUAUCCUCCGUACCUCAGUGGGUUAGUAUAGUCUGACUGCUGUACUCCAAGGCUAUGGGAAACAUCCCUCCACCAUCCCUUCUUGACUAAGGCCCAUAUUCAGCCCUGGUAAAUGCAGCUUCAGAAACGGCAGGACCGGAUUUCAGGAACAACCUCCCUCUGAUGGACCUCUGAUGUCGUUUUCAAUGUUAGGAUGGCCACGAGGGGGUGUUGUGGACCUUUUGUAAUGUUGACAUUGGCAGUAAAGCCACACGUCUCUGAACCUUGUUGCUCUCUGUCUCAAUAAAUUGAACAUGCUUUGUCUAGUAGUGUGUACACCUAACAUGCAAGCCAACACCCCUGACCUCUCUUGUAGGCUUUACACACAGACAAUCAAUAUGGAACUCUUCACUGGCAAUGUAAAUACCAAAAAGGUUUGAUGAAUGCAUCAUUUAUAGGCUAGAAGAGGGGAAAUCCACAGCUUUGUAGAUAGAAUGUGAGUUGUAGUUUUACAAUGAUUACCUUGCUUCUCUGUAUUUUGAAUGUGAUCAAUAGUCACGAAUGUCAUAUCGCAAUGCUGGUGUACCAAGAAUUCUUAGCUUGUUUUUGAGUUGAGGUUUACCUGGGGAGGAGCUAUGUUUUUAGGGAGAAGACUAUGUCCUGGUAGACAGCUUCAGCUCCCUUGUUACAAUCAUGUGCCAGUAAAGACUUACUGAAUUAA